CCUGUGACCUCCCAUGGGUGUGUCAGGCAGGGCUGAUAUUUGAAGGGCUGUGGCCGCAGCGAGCUGCUGCCGCCAGGGCACGGGCGAGUGCGAGAGAUGGCCUCCCGGGAUGCCCCACCGGCCACCAGCUACGCCCCGUCCGACGUGCCCUCUGGGGUGUCGUUCUUCCUCUCCAUGCCCUUCGCCUUCUUCCUGCCCGAGCUGGUAUUUGGGUUCUGGGUCUGGAUCCUGGUAGCCGCCACCCAGGUAGCAAACCCGUUACUGCAAGGAUGGGUGAUAUACGUCUCGCUUACCUCGUUCCUCAUCUCCCUCAUGCUCCUGUUGUCUUACUUGUUUGGAUUUUACAAAAAGUAUGACUCCUGGACAGUCCUGGACAGCCUGUACCACGGGACCACCAGCAUCCUGUACAUGAGCGCUGCUGUCUUGCAGGCACACGCCACCAUCAUUUCUGAGUCCCAGGACCUGCGCAAUUACUACAUCAACGUCGCAGCCUCGGUGAGCCAGCCCUGCCACUGCUGGGCGGGAACACUGGAGGCCGCCAUUGCUGGAGAGCACCGCUGA